AUGUAUCAUAUGCGAAGACCCGAACCUCAAGUAAUUGGGCCCCUCGCGUUUCGAACCACCUCCUUCUCUCUCAACGACUCCAAGGCAUCUACAAUUUUGCCAAGAUCGAUAUCCGCUCUCAAUCCUUUCUCAACCAUAAGAUCGCCCAUGACGAGUAGCUGUAAACAGGCCCCUACAGUCGCAACCUGCUGCCGUCCUUCCGGGACGGACACAUCGAGGAGCAUCAAGCCUUCUCGUGCGAACCAAUAUAUCACCCCGGUGUCGAAGAGGUCGUUUUUGACUGCGCUCCCACAAAACAGAGCUCCGGCAAGGACGCGGUUCGAGGGGAUGACCUCGGUUUGUUUGGGCUUGUGGAGAUCAGUCUCGUUCAAAACAUCGUCCAGCAAGUCGCCGAGACAUCAGCUUUCUCGGGCAGAAUCUUGGCGAUAG